AUGACUAAUAGUAAAGGAAGAUCUCUUAUUAAUAAAUCAAGUGGUGGUCGAAGCAGUGGAGGAGGCUUUGUGGACUGGACUUUAAGUUUAAAUACAAUUCAGUCUGAUAAGUUUUUAAACUUACUGCUGAGUAUGGUUCCAGUAAUAUACCAGAAAAACCAGGAAGACAGGCACAAAAAAGGAAAUAACAUUUGGCAAGAUGGGUUAUCAACUGCAGCACAGACUUUUAGUAAUAGAUCUGAACAGCACAUGGAAUAUCACAGUUUCUCGGAGCAGUCUUUUCAUGGCAACAGUGGGCACACGCCAUCAAGCUGUAGCCAAAAGUAUGAUGACUAUGCCAACUACAAUUACUGUGAUGGAAGGGAGGCUUCAGAAACUACAGCCAUGUUGCAAGAUGAUGAUGUAUCUAGUGAUGGUGAUGAAGAUGUCAUUGUGGAGACAAGCCAGAAAUUACCAAAGGAAUCCAGUGGUGUCAUGGCACUGCAGAUACUUGUGCCAUUUUUGUUAGCUGGCUUUGGAACAGUCUCAGCUGGCAUGGUUUUGGAUAUAGUCCAGCACUGGGAGGUGUUCAAAAAAGUAACAGAAGUUUUCAUUUUAGUUCCUGCACUUCUUGGUCUUAAAGGGAACUUGGAAAUGACAUUGGCAUCCAGAUUAUCCACUGCAGUAAACAUUGGGAAGAUGGAUUCACCCAUUGAAAAGUGGAACCUAAUAAUUGGCAACUUGGCUUUAAAACAGGUUCAAGCAACAGUAGUUGGCUUCCUAGCAGCUGUGGCAGCAAUUAUAUUGGGCUGGAUUCCAGAGGGAAAAUACUAUCUUGAUCAUUCCAUACUUUUGUGCUCUAGCAGUGUAGCAACUGCCUUCAUUGCAUCGCUCCUACAGGGAAUAAUAAUGGUUGGGGUUAUCGUUGGCUCAAAGAAGACCGGUAUAAACCCUGAUAAUGUUGCUACACCCAUUGCUGCUAGUUUUGGUGACCUUAUAACUCUUGCCAUAUUAGCUUGGAUAAGUCAGGGUUUGUACUCCUGUCUUGAGACAUACUACUACAUUCCUCCGUUAGUUGGUGUUGUUUUCUUGGCUCUAACUCCUAUCUGGAUUAUAAUAGCUGCCAAACAUCCAGCCACAAGGACAGUUCUCCACUCAGGCUGGGAGCCUGUCAUAACUGCUAUGGUUAUAAGUAGCAUUGGGGGCCUUAUUCUGGACACAACUGUAUCUGAUCCAAACUUGGUUGGGAUUGUUGUUUACACACCAGUUAUUAAUGGUAUUGGUGGUAAUUUGGUGGCCAUUCAGGCCAGUAGGAUUUCUACCUACCUUCAUUUACACAGCAUUCCAGGAGAAUUGCCUGAUGAACCCAAAGGUUGUUACUACCCUUUUAGAACUUUUUUUGGUCCAGGAGUAAAUAAUAAGUCUGCUCAAGUUCUACUGCUUUUAGUGAUACCUGGACAUUUAAUUUUCCUCUACACUAUUCAUUUGAUGAAAAGUGGUCACACUUCUUUAACUGUGAUCUUUGUAGUAGUAUACUUAUUUGCUGCUGUGUUACAGGUGUUUACCUUGCUAUGGAUCGCUGACUGGAUGGUGCAUCAUUUCUGGAGGAAAGGAAAGGACCCGGAUAGCUUCUCCAUCCCCUAUCUGACGGCACUGGGUGAUCUGCUCGGGACAGCCUUGUUGGCCUUAAGUUUUCAUUUUCUCUGGCUUAUUGGAGAUCGAGAUGGAGAUGUUGGGGACUAA